AAUGUCUGGGACCGCUCAAGCCCAGUUGUUUGAUAAGGGGCUCCGUGGGAGCACUUCUGAGCAACUGGCAACAAUCUCGACGCUCAGCAGGCUUUUCGAAGAAAAUCCAGCGCCAACAUUUGUGAAUGCGAUGCUUCUUCGUGUAGCUGACGCUUUUAAAGAUGGAAAUCUGGACUUGCGCAUCGCCAUCGCUCGUGCUCUUGGACAAUGUGGCUCACAUCUCACACUGGCUUUUUCCUCUGCAGAAAUAUUCCGAAGAAUUCUGACAGUUAGCCACUCAAACGAUCCAAAUGCUCGAGAAAAUGUGUUGGAUGUGCUCGCUGUGUUAUCACCUUUACUCCCGGAAUCCAAUCAAUCACAUCAUUUGAUUCGAGAAUCUCUAUCCACAACUCAUGAAGGAGAAUUUCGAGCAACAUGUAAUGCUCUCAAAGCAUUCGCAUCAAUAUCCCAUUCGUUCGCCGAAUCGAUUGUUCUUCAAAUCGGAAAAAUUCUUGAAGAAGAUGAUGCUUCAGAGCCACGGAAGAUUCAACUAUGCACAGCAUUUUCUACAAUGAGUGCGACAGCUCAAGUUGUGGAGCAAGUGUUCUCUGUUGCUGACACAAUUCUUCACAGAACUAUAACAGACGAUUACUUUCACGCAUUUCUGAAGUCUACGACGAGUUUGUGCAUUGAGAUUCGAUAUGCUAUUUCGAAACAAAUCGACGUAUUGCUCAAUCUUCUCAGUCCAUCCAACACCAGGACGAGUCGUCCAUCCCGAAAUCGAAGAAUGAUUAUUGUGAGGCAGUUGAGACGGCUUGCAAAUUUUCCGAAUAUUUGGAAUGAGCAGCAAGUGCUGAUAUUCGUGGAAUCCCUCCGACCAUCAAUGAUCGAUGAAUCUCUAAUGGACUUUUUCGAUGCCACAACUUCACUUGUUAAGAACUGUCCGAAGGAAAAUCUUCUCGCAUUGAAAGGUCUCGUGAUAUCCAGCACUGGAUAUGGAUCCCUGGCGAAUCCAGAAGUCACCGUUCGAUUCGUCUAUUUCGCUUCACAAGUUGUGUGCUCACCGAGAACAUUUGAAGAUGACACUCCAGAGUUUAUCAAUUCAACGAUGACCUCGCUGACAGUUGUUGUGAUAAAUACUUGCACUUGUGGAAGAUUGAAAAAUAGACUUGCUAAUAAGCUAUUCCGUGCAAUUGGUGACAUUCUCCUAUCAUUCCCGUACACUGAUCAUUCGUUUUCUUCAAUGAUAAUCUCAGCUGUGUUCUCAGCAUUUGAGUCCAUUGUUUCAAAUGAUAAUAAUCAAAAAGAACGUCUAGAAAUGUUAUGUCGACUCGUGGACUCUGAGAAGCUCUACAUUCCAGAAAUUCAUAAAUGGGCAUGCAAAGUUAUGCAGGAACAAGUGAAACUAUUCUCCGCAUAUCCAAGUCAAUUCUCAUAUUUGUGCCUUGCUGUUGGAACGAGUCUCCCGAAUGAUUUUCCAAAAGUUUUCUACAAGGAUUGUCAGGCUUCAAUGUAUGGUACCGCGAGGAGCGCAUUCAGAAAUGGACAGUGGAAGCAUGUGGCGUCUCCAAAUUUAGCAAGCAUUGACUUGUCCAGUCUCCCAGAAUUUGAAAGAAAAUGGAUCACAGCUCUUCGAGAAAUCGCAGAUUCUCAAUUGCUCGAAAUAGAGCCUGAUCAGCUUGAAAAGCAGCAGUCCCACCUGUCAAGUGCCUUGUCUGCACUGAAAUCAGGCAAAUCAAAUACUAGAUUUGGCAAUGAUCUUCGAUUUCCAAUUGGGAUGGUCUCUGCGAUGCUCUCAAGUUCAUAUGCACAUUUCCAUCUACUCUCUGUGAUUCGUCCAUUUAUUUUCUCAUUAUCCGGUGCUCUUCAAACUAAUUCGUUUUUCAAUCCGGUCGUUGCGCAACGAUUAUUGGUGGCGCUCUCCUCAUGCGAAUUGUCUAUAAAUGAAGCUCUCAACGAAUGGUCAGCUCUGUGCCGAGCGAGUUUUUGUGCUGAUUCAACAUCUUUCGAUCUCAUAACUCUCUACUAUUUGCGGGUUUCGAUUCUUCUCGUUGCGGUUAGAGUCGUUCUUAAAAAACAAUCUUCAGAAACAAUAAUUCAAAUUCCACCAUUGACAACUGCCCGUACAUGUUCAUUGUUUCAAAGAGAGCGACUUCAGUGGAUUAUUGAGAAAAUUCGACUUUUGAAAUAUGAAAAUUCUCCCAAUAUUCAUACUAUCAAAACGCUACUAUCCAUUCUAAAUCAAUUGACCAUUCUACCAUACAUGCUUCCGAGAUUCUUCUUCCAGCAGUUUUAUCACGUCGAUUUCAAGAUUUCAACAUCACCAGAAGCUGGAAAGGACAAGACAAUAAACGUAUUCAGUGGUGAGACAAUCCCUGUCCGUGUAGAUGGAGCCAUCACAUCAACACAUCCAUCGCCAAUUCGAUCCAUCAUUGUUUUUGCGGAAAUCACACAUCUGGCAAAUCAUGCGCAAAAUCAAAUUCUGCAAGAGUUAGUUGAGCCGAGCGAGAACAACUACUUCACGGCGCAAUUCCUGCUCAAUUUUAAAACUGCAUGCGACGUCAAAUUCCGAAUCGAAUUCAUUGAUCAAACAUCACGAAAGCAGUGGAAAGCGUAUAAUGUGACGACACUUCACUUCACAGUUCGCGAGAAAUAUUCAUCGGUCGGAUUCGAGCUGAAACGAGUCGGACAUCAAUUUCCACCGGAUCCCAGGAGGCACUUUCCGAAAGGAUCGUUGUUUCAUGCUGAGGCGUGAGCAGAGAAAUAGAGCAUAUCGUGAAUAAUUUUGAAUUUGAACCAUUUUUCCUUCUUUUUUUAUUUAAAUCGACACAAAAAUAAUAUUUAUUUCGAUUUUAA